AUGGACACUCUAGCCAGCCGCCAGGCGCCGGCCCACGGCCGCCUUGGCUCUCUGGCCUGCCUCCUGCUUCUGGCCCUGCUACCGGCGAUGUCGGCCGCUGCGAAGCUCCGGGUGUCGGUGUCGCGCCCGCACCCGCCCGCGCACCGCCUCCAGCUCUGGAUCGACACUCCCCUUGACGAGGGCACCUGCGUGGUCUUGGCCUCCGGGCCGGGCGUCAACCGCCGUCUGGGCAACCCGCUGCUCCCGUCGGUGGUCAAAGUCCGGCCGAUGGCCCAGCCCGCCGGGCAUGAUCGCGAGCACCACCACGAUGCGGCUGACGAGUUGCAUGUGCACAAGCGCACCGACCUGGCCGGGCUGCUGACGUCGGUUCACGCCCCCGACGCCUCCCUGACACAGGGGUCCAUCAGCGAGAUCUUUGCCCCCUCGGUCACCCGGGCAUAUGACUUGGCCCGGCUGCGUCACGGUUGCAACACCUUCCUGGACAUCGAUGAGGCCCUCGGGCAGCUGGACAUGGUCGCCCCGCGCUACGAGGCCCCGCACCAUGGUGUGGGCGCCUUCAACACGACUGACGAGAUUGUGGACCUCGCUGUGUCUGGCGAGCCCCUCAACCGCAUUGACAUUGUUUUCAUGGGUGACGGCUACACCGGCCCCGAGCGUGGGCUCUUCAUGAGCGACAUGCGUCGGAUGACGGACGACCUUUUCGACUCGCCGACUUUCUACUCGUAUCUGCCGCUCUUCAAUGUCUGGGGCUUGUACCGGCCGUCGGUGGAUUCCGGCAUCGGCGUGGACAGCACCCCGCGCAACACCUCCUUCGGGCUGUACCGCGUGGGCACCGAGCUGCGGGCUAUCUACACCUCGCGCCCGCUGGAGGCCCUGCGCGCAUGCCACGCUCUCGGUGACGGCAACUGGUGCGUCUACGUCCUCCUUUGCCGGGCUGCUUGUCGAGGCACUUGCUGA